AUGUGGAGAUCUGGUCAUGAGAUUGUAAGGCCAGCUGGUAAGCAGGGGAAUGGAGGAUGGCAACCGGUGGUUCGUAGACAUGGGGAUCGAGGAGUUGGGGGUCAAAGGGGGAAUACCAUAUACUCUGUUUUUGUGGAUAACAUACCAGCAUCUAUGGGGGCGAAAGGGUUGUCUAAACUCUUCUCCAACUUUGGAGUUGUAUUGGAUGCGUAUAUUCCACAGAAGAGAAGAAGAUCUACAGGUUCCAGGUUUGGAUUCAUAAGGUAUGGUUGUCCGGUAGCAGCGAGUAUGGCUCUGCAAAAAGCAAAUGGCCUUUGGUGUGAUGACAAAGCGCUAAAGGUUAAAAUGGCUGAGUUCAGGAAGGAGUGUGAAAAUAAGCAAAGCAAGUCACAACAAGUACAGAAUAUCAUAAUACAUUAUAAGAGAUAA